CUCACUCUGCACCCUAUGCAAUGCACCCUGGGGCUACUAAGAAGUAUCGUACCUUCAAGGAGCAUUUCUAGUGGCCAGGAUUGAAGAAGGAGGUAGCUACACAUGUCUAUCAAUGCUUGGAGUGCCAAAUGAUCAAGGCUGAACAUCAAGCUCCAGUCAUUGAGCACCUACCGUUGGAGUCUCGCAGUGAACUUGGGAGAAGAUCACCAUGGAUUUUGUGUAUGGUUUACCGAGGACCCCAAGGGGAAAUGAUGGAGUAUGGGUGAUUGUGGAUCGCUUCUCGAAGGUGGCUCAUUUUAUACCCAUCAAGUUCAAGCCGGGAGUGGAGGAGCUGGCUAGGUUGUAUGUGAGGGAGAUAGUGAGAUUGCAUGGAGUUCCACUUAGUAUCGUGUCUGAUCGCGACCCUAGCUUCACGGCACGAUUCUGGGUGAGUCUUCAAAAGUCAAUGGGCACUAAAGUUCACUUCUCUACCGCAUAUCACCCUCAGAAAGAUGGACAGUCAGAGAGGACGAUUCAGACAUUGGAAGACCUGUUGAGAGCGUGUGUCUUGGCCAUGAAAGGAGCUUGGGACGAUCAUUUACCUUUAAUGGAGUUUGCUUACAACAACCAGUACCACAGCUCGAUACAAGCAGCUCCAUAUGAGGUAUUGUAUGGAAGGAAGUAUCGUACACCGUUGUACUGGGAUGCAGAGGGCGUACGACAGCUAGAGGGUCCGGAGAUGGUACAGAAGGCAGUGGAGAAGGUGGAGUUGAUUCGCCGAAACUUGAAAGCAGCUCAGGAUCGGCAAAAGAGUAAUGCCGAGAGGCCAGGGAACCCACGAAGUUAUGAAGUGGAGGAUAUGGUAUUCCUAAGGGUGUCCCCUUGGAAGGGAGUGAUGAGAUUUGGUAAGAAGGGAAAGCUUAGUCCGAGGUAUAUCGGUCCAUAUGAGGUGUUGGAGCGCAUUGGACCCUUAGCCUAUCGACUAGCCUUACCUCCCAGUCUAUCUAGGAUCCACGACGUUUUUCACGUCAGCAAGCUAAUGGCGUAUCGAUCCAACCCGGAGCAUGUGAUCAGACACGAGGACUCCAGUUGAAAGAUGAUUUGACAUAUGAGGAGGUUCCAAUCCAGAUUGUGGAUAGGCAGGAGAAAGAGUUGAGGAGGAAGAAGAUUGUCAUGGUAAAGGUGGUAUGGAGAAACCAGGGCAGCGAGGCUGCGACUUGGGAGACAGAGAGUAGCAUGAGAGAGAAUUACCCAAAGUUGUUUGUUGAUGUGAAGAUCGGUAGUGGGCGAAAUUCUGUGUACUCUCACUUUUAGUAAUCUUUUUAGUUCCCAUUUCUCGUUUUUUCAAUAAUAAGACCUGGUGAUUCAGGCCGGAUUUACGAUAGCUACCAACCCAGUUCAACCUACAAUUUCGAGGUCGAAAUUUCUUUAAGGGAGGGGGAAAUGCUAUAUCCCAACUAGCACUGUUCCUUCGAAGACAACACUAAAUCGUUCAAGUGGUUACUCUACCGUUCAAAUUUCGGGGACAAAAUUUUUAUAAGGGUGGAGGAAAUGUAACACCCCGAAUUUUGGGUUAUGGUUCGACCACAUUGCGUGAUCGGGUGGAUGGACAGUUGCGUAUUGAAAGUUGCAAUCGCGGAUUAGUAAUAAUAAUAAUAAUAAUAUUAUUAUUAUUAUUAUAUAAAUAAAAAAAAAUAAUAUAUAUAUUGAUCAGCCUGGGCCGAGCGGCCCCUGCCAACCAAUAAAUCCCCAUCCCCUAGCAAUCCAUUCCCCCAGCCGCCUCUCACCCUUUCAUUUCCCCAAGCAGAAGAAAAAAAAAAAUUUUAAAUCCGCCAGCAAGAAGUAAACCCCACCCGCCCCACUUCUCCAAUUGAGCGGCCACGAGAAACCCCAAAAUUCCCGACCUCCCUGCCAUUCUUUUCAUCAGUCGCCGCCCUCCGCAAUUUCUUGAGACCACCGCCGAUCAAAAUCCCAAAUCCCGAUCCCAUCCCUUUCGUGUUCUAGGUAAGGAUCACGAACCCUCUUUCGCGAUUUCUAAACGCGAUUUAUCGUUAGACUAAUUCGAAGCUCGAUUUUUAUUAGCGGUGACGUUGAGGAUUCGAUCAACGAGGAGAUCAACGUCCCGGGUCAGCCAAUCUAGGCCUAGGCACAUUCUAGAGGUAAGGGAACUCGAUCCCUUUGAGUUAGAUCGAUCGUAUUGGUGUUUUUCUUGAGGGUGCAAUUCUGAGGUUUUAGCAUCAGUCGUUCAGGCCUUUAGUGACAGAAUUUGGGUGGUCUCUAAAGCUACUGGAAAUUUCCAGAAAUUUGUUUUAGAGCGUUUAAAUUGUUUCGAGUCAUUGAGAGGGUUUGUUCUUGAUUUUAAAAUUUUUAUAAACUGAUUGAGGUCUAGGAGAUGGCUGUAAAUUAAUUUGGUAAUUUUUGAAGAUGUAUUUCUAACUUUAGAAAUUGUUCGAACAUUCGUUUUAAUUAAAUAAAAUUAAUUCCGAUGAGUUUAUAGGGUUUUGAUAAUUUUCCAGGGUAUAAGUACUCAUGAUUGAUGUAGGAAAAGUAUUACCCGAAUUUUUGAGAAGGUUCAAGGUAGGUGGAAAAUUCGUCCAAGACUAAAAUAAUUAGGAAAAGUGGUCGGUUUGGAAGGGAUCGUUUUUAGAAAAUUUUUAAAGUGGGUUAAAAGACCUUGAGGGCGAGCCUCGAGGGCUGGAUGUUGAGGAAAGGAUGUCCUAGUGACCCAAAAGGGAAUGCUAAAUCGAGAAAGGUCGACUAAGGAAAUGACUUUCUUAUUAAUAGGUUCACCGAGAUAAUUCGACUAGGAGGGAUUUCUUCGAGUAAAGAAUCGAGGAGUCAGCUUUAUAAGGUGAGUGUAAAGGGGGUAAAUUCUACGCCUUACGUGUUCUUUCAAGAGUACAAGUUUUGAGUAUUUUGAUGAAGUGAAUGACGUUGUUUGAUUGUGCUUAUGUGAUUUUGUUUGAGCUAUGCUUGAUGUGAAUCUGCAUGAGUUUUAUUUAUAUUUAAGCUUUCAGUUUAUAAGUUAUUGUUGAAGUUAUGAAGCAAGUUCUUUUUAAGAGGUAACUCACCUUCAAGAAGGUGAAGUCAUUUUAAGUGUUUUUAGUCACUAGCGUCAGUCCGUUGCCUUUUGAGACUGUUUGAGAUAGAGCAGUAGUUAUGCUCUUGAGAUUUUUAAGAUGGGCAGCAGUUAUGCCCUUGAGAAUCAUGGUGAAGAGCCACCACGAUAAGUUUAAGAUGUUAGGGGGGAUGAAUCGUUACGACGUCCCUAACUACGUUUAAGUUUAAGGAAAGCCUGGAUGGCUUCUCAUACGUUUGAGUUGGAAACCGGACUAGCUAGUGAGGGAUCCCUGUGUCAGUCAAAAGAUUUAAGUCAAGUUUUGAGCUUUAAGAAGGGAGAGUGACUUUAACUCCUGAAGAAUUUUAUGAGUUAUAAGUGUUAAGAGUGGAAGUACAAAACAACUUUCACUAGUAGAAGUUAAGUGUUUAGAGAAGAAUACUAAAGUAUAUAGAUUUUAUCGUAAGGGCGUAGACUGACCCCAACUCACUCACCAGAUCGUAGAGGAGGAAAUCCUAACCAGCCAAUCCGUGAUCAGCAAGCUAGAGGAGCUCAACACCAUCGUCGCUGAAAGAUGUCGAGCCAGGCGUCAGAGUAAGCAUCAGAGAACUUUUUCAAGUUAUUAAGACUUUAUGGUUAAGAGUUAAACAUUGGAGAUUCAUUUCUUUUGGAUGAUUUAAGUUUUUCCCACGUGUUUAGGGCUUCGAUUUGAGAUAUUGAGAUAUUUGAGUUGGUAUUUUAUUUAAACUUGUGUUAUUUGAGAUUUUUAAUCAUACCCCGGGGUAGAAAUGUCUUUUUCCAAGUUCAGAGAGGUGGGAUGUUUCAUGCUAGGACCUGAAAUGUAUCAAAACAAGCACAACCUAGCGUGAAAUAUGUCGAGGAACGACUAAAUACUAAGCUAAACGAAUAAGAAAUGAGGGGUAAAAGGUGUACAUUUGGGCCCGAAUCAAUGUUGCUGAUAGAUUAGUAUUGAAAAUAACUUUUGCUUAGAUGACAAUCUCGAAUACAAUCAACCAUUAUAUAACAUCAACACCAAUUGAUAGAAACAAAUAGGAAUAAUUAAAUUAUGUUUAAGUAGCAUAUAAGAUUUGAUUAUCAAAUUUUAGUAUUGAAAUUCAGGACUAAAGUAGUUGUUCACAGAAGAUGAUACUUAAAAUGACCUUCUGUAUUGAUUGGUGAAAUUGAUUUCAACUUCUGUUAACUAUGUGAAAUGUACUUGAAUUUUUUGUUUUUUAGAUGCCAAUAUUUUUUCUAAUAACAACAGUUUACUAAAUCAAUUGCCUAGCUUAAUGUUUAGGAGGCAUGUUACUUGAGUGUUUUGAACAAAUUGCUUCGCCUCUUUGUGAUCUGACUUGGAGAAAGCUUGCCGAGACAAUGCUUCUAUGUUUGAAAAGAUUUUAGGUUGCUCAUGAUCUAUCAAGAAUGCAAACUUCUUUGCAGUGCAACAAGUCUAUCAACUUGGAUCCUUUUUCUUUUUUCUCAAAUAAACUGUCAUAUUUACUGGUGGGAACUUUCAUUUUUCCCUCAAUGGAUGGUUAAGAACACCAAAAACUCAGCCCAAGGACAAAAACAACUUCGAAUAUUUUGAUUUAUUUUCAUCAUGGUUGUAGUAUGCGAACAUCAAAGUGUCCAUGUUUGUAGUCUUCUACAAGUGUCCUUCUGCCUUCCAUAUCUCAACCAUUUACUAUUUUGAGUUACUGAAACAGUAAGACAACAACCAUGAGCCGAUUUCAUCCAUGGACUCAAAUGAAUGAUGGUUGGGUGAAUGUGUAGGUGCCACAUCAUCUAAAUGAAUCUGUUGAAGUUCUUCGCUAAUAGGUUGUUGCAGAAACUAUCCUUGAAAUUAUAUAUAUUUAUGAGAGGUUACUAACAUAACGAUUCAUGGAAAGGAGUGCAAUUAGAACUGGUCAAAGUGGAUUUUCUUUCCAAAUUAAGUGCCAGCAAGAUACUUAACAUUAUUGAGCUGAAAAAGUGCCCUGAUAGUUUUGUUCAUUUAUUUUAUUGUUAUGGUAUAGUUUUGGCUAGCUCUUUUUCAUCUAUUGUUUCUCUAUGUUCAUUUUGGAUGCUAAAUGUCUACAUCUGUCUAAUUUAUUGAUCUAACUUCCCACAUGACAAAGAAAGAUAUAUGUGGGUGAAUUUGUCAGUAUAGAAUUCAAAAGAGGCAAUUAGCAAUCACAAAAUAUCAUCAUUUUCUGUACUAAACUCAAUUUUCAACAUAUGUUCAUUAUAUACUCUUGGAAAGGAUAAUGGAUAGGCAAAGAAGAGUGCCUUAUUUUUCAGAGGUACAUUAUACUUGUUGGAGGGAUGUUUAUACCGAGUUCCUGAUAUGUGCAGAUAGAGAAAGGGAGGCUGAUGUAUUUUCAAAUAGCUCUGCAAUUGCCAUCCUCUUUAUUUGCUAUGCCUUAUGGGUUCAACAAUAAAAGUACAGAAGUGUAUCCUGUUUCAGAGGACUCUUGCUUAAUCUUGUAAGGUAAACUGAAUGAAAGUCUAUAACUUUGUUGAGGAAAAGUGUCCGGUCUUUGUUGUUGUUUGGCGCUUUGACCUCCAUAGGGAAUCUACUGAAACUUAAUAUUGUUUGUCCUGCCUGUAGAAUUACUAUAUUGUUCUUGGCAACAUAAAAUUGAUCUAACCAUCCCGUUUCAACUUUCUUUUCUCAAUUUUGCUUUAAAGAUUCUCUCUUAACUUUUCGAAUUCAAAUUUUACAUCAUUAUUUCCUAUCAUUAUCCAUUAAUAUAAGAAGCAUCUUUGUUUUAUUAUGUUGCAAUGAUAAUUUUAUAUGUACAGAAACAGACGAUAAGCUUGGAUAAAACUUAUUGUUAAAAAAAAUGUCCCAAAUAGAAUUAUUGUUUAUGCAUCCAUAUGAUAACAUCACUUUCAUUGAUUUCCCUUCAACAUGAAGCUAUGAUGUAGUAGAUAAAUUAUUAACAAAGCAAGAGCAUCACCCGCUUUAAUGUAGAAAGCAUAGGAAGGCCCAUGUCUGAUCACUUUUUUCAUUCGUCAGAAUCUACUCGGAUAUGUUAUACAGCGACCAUGAAGCGCAUGAGUGAAUCCAAGAGAUUAUGGUUAAGGACCACUAUCAAUUGUGUUUUUCAUACUACUAAGUUAACAUUAAUGAACACGUUCAACUCCAACGUGGUCCUCUCUUCUUAACUUUUACUUAAAUAUUACGAAACAUUGUACUUCCAUUCUUUUGUUAGCCUUAUGAUCUUUAAGGACUGCAUAAAUUGGUCAGAUAGCCAAAAUUGUGUGGUAGUUUUCAAACUUCUGUUUACUGCCUGGAACUUGAUUGAAUGUGUCUUACUAGAACUGUAUUUAUGUUUGUAGCCAGAUGUGCAAGUGUAGGGGAAUUGGAUGAUUUGUCCAAUAAUUGGGAGUGUGGGUGUGCAUCAUUUUAACCUUAUAAAUCCCUUUCAAAUGGUAAGUUGCAUUACCACCGUCCAUCGAGGGAUAAAUGUCUACCUAGCUGGAUAAUGAUUCAUCUAAAAAAGGCAUGUACAUUAGCUUUUGUUUAUAGAAUUUCAUUAUGCCUAAUAUGAUGCUAUCUGAAAAUUUCUACCAUGUCUAAGCUACAAUUUCAACCAAACUUUACUAUUCUUGCCUAUGCUCCUAACAUCAGUACGAUGCUUCACCUUUGUAUGUAUUUUGUACUUAUACUACGAUUGAUCUUGGAAGAUCAUGUGAUGUUCAAUGUUGCCCUAUGCUUUUAGAACUAUAAGCUUUUUUUGUCUUAAAUGUGUGUUAGAUAUUGCUUUCAAUUGGAUAGGAUGAAAUGUGAAAAUAUAUAUUUAACAGCAGCAAUGGUUGUAUCAUUACCCAAGUGACUGUGGAAGCUUUACAUUUUGAUAUGCCUUCUCCCUGCGUACAUGCAUCAUUACUUUGUUGUUUUUCAUCUUUUGGUUUGCCUUGCUGAUAGUGAAACAUUGCUCAUUAAAUGCCUGGUUUUAUUGCAUAUCAAAUAUGUUGCUGGUUGUUAGAUUUAUAAUUACUAACUACUUCUUACUUAUGAUGCUACCUCUUAAGUUGAUCAACAUGAGUUGCACCUGAAGCGUCAUUUGAGUGGAUGAAGAUGUUUUGUAUGUGUAGUUUUUGUUGAUGUGUCCUCUAUUUGGCCUCUAUUCUUUUUUGGAAUUAUCAAGUGAGAUAUUUUGAACCUGAUCCAACCUAACCUAGGGGUUCCCAUUCAAACAUAUGUAUUACCACUGCAAAAAUGCUUAAUAACUAAACUAGAAUAGAUCUUAAUUAGUGAUUGGCUUCGUGUUUGGGUAUGGGUUGCUUCCAAGAAAUUCUCAUUCAUUAUUUGGCUUGCAAGCCUUUUGCUUUAACUAAACAGAAAACAACAAAUAUUUCUAGUAGGAUAUGAUUAUUGGUUACAUCAGUGCCUGUUGUAAGCUAUUUUACCUAUGACAUUUCACUCUGACUAUUUCGUCUAAUGAACUUGAUGUUUGGUUUUGCAGCUCCAGUUAUCACAACAUUGGAAAGUUGAGAAUGCAACAAAUCAUCAGUUAGUGGACGUUUAUAGUAAGGUGUAUUUACAUUAUUUUGCGGUGUGUUCUUUAUAAUGUGUUUUGUUCAUAUUAUAUGUGAUUGUGGUUAGCUAUUGAUCUAAAAAAAUAGUAUUGAGUUUAUUGGUUUGAGGUAUUGAUUUGUGUAUUUUAUGUUGGACCUCCAUGGGUCUGAUUGAAAAAUAAAACACUAUGCCAUCAAAUGUAGGUGUAUAAGAUCCCUUUUGUUUCUUUCCUAGGCCAUUCAUAUUUGCCUGAGAUUGUGCCAGGGAUAAUAACAUUAGCCUCUAUAA